AUGGAUCUGGCUGUGGCCCUGGUGCUCUGUCUCUGCUCUCUGCUUCUCCUGUCACUCUGGAAACAGUGCUCUGGGACAGGGAAGCUCCCACCGGGCCCCACUCCUCUCCCGAUUCUUGGAAACAUCCUACAGUUAGAUGUUAAGGACAUCAGCAAAUCUUUAACCAAGCUCUCAAAAAUCUACGGCCCUGUGUUCACUCUGUAUUUUGGCAUGAAGCCCAUGGUGGUCUUGCAUGGAUAUGAAGUAGUGAAGGAAGCUCUGAUUGACUUGGGAGAGGAGUUUUCUAGAAGAGGCAGUUACCCAGUGUUUCAAAGAGCUACUAAGGGAUACGGAAUCGCUUUCAGCAAUGGCAAGAUAUGGAAGGAGACCCGGCGCUUCUCCCUCAUGACCCUGAGGAAUUUCGGGAUGGGGAAGAGGAGCAUUGAGGACCGUGUUCAAGAGGAAGCACGCUGCCUUGUGGAGGAGUUGAGAAAAACCAACGGGUCGCCCUGUGAUCCCACUUUCAUCCUGGGAUGUGCCCCCUGCAAUGUGAUCUGCUCCAUUAUUUUCCGGAAUCAUUUCGAUUAUAAAGAUCAGAUUCUUCUAGAUCUAAUGGAAAGACUGAAUGAAAACAUCAGGAUUCUGGGCUCUCCAUGGCUGCAGGUGAGGCCAAACUCAGCAGUUUUUUUCCCUGCUCUCAUUGAUUAUAUUCCAGGGAAACAUAAAAAAUUCUUUGAAAAUUUUGCUUGUUUGAAAAGUUAUGUUUUGGGGAAAACAAGGGAACACCAAGCAUCUCUGGACAUUAACAACCCUCAGGACUUUAUUGAUUGUUUCCUGAUCAAGCUGGAACAGGAAAAGCACAAUCAAGAACUGGAGUAUACGGUUGAAAACUUGGCAAACACUGUAUUGGAUUUGUUUAUAGCUGGGACAGAGACGACGAGCACCACACUGAAAUAUGGACUCCUCCUCCUGCUGAAACACCCUGAGGUCAUAGCUAAGGUCCAGGAAGAGAUUGACCAUGUCACUGGCAGACACCAGAGCCCCUGCAUGCAGGACAGGAGCCACAUGCCCUACACGGAUGCUAUGAUCCACGAGAUCCAGAGAUACAUUGACCUGGUCCCCACCAACCUGCCCCAUGCUGUGACCCAUGACAUUAAAUUCAGAAACUACCUUAUCCCCAAGGGCUCAGAUAUAUUAACAUCACUGACUUCUGUGCUACAUGAUGACAAAGAAUUUCCCAACCCAGAGGUGUUUGACCCUGGCCACUUUCUGGAUGAGAGUGGCAACUUUAGGAAGAGUGACUAUUUCAUGGCUUUCUCAACAGGGAAACGGAUUUGUGUAGGAGAGGGCCUGGCCCUCACGGAGCUGUUUUUAUUCCUAACCACAAUUUUACAAAAAUUUACCUUGAAAUCUCCUUGUUUAACACCUCCACCGUCUGUUAAUUACCCUUUCUUUAGAAAACAUAUAAAAUAUAAUUUCUUGGCAAAUUUCAGUAAUGAUUAUGUUAACUGUAAUCAUAAUGCUGUGCAUUAG